GCAGAUGUUCCAGCAGCACCGGCGAGCGUGAAGAACUCGGGCGAGCUCGAUCAAGCUGAUCGGCGACCUAUCUAUGGCGUCCCUGCAGCAACUCAAGGUCGGAGAGGAGGAGAGCGGUGGCGACCAGGCGGCGCAGGCGCAGGCGGUGCGCGAGACGGGGAGAGGCAAGAGCCAGGCCAGGGCGUCGUCGGGGCGGCGCAAGGUGACGUACGGGUUCCACCUGGUGCAGGGCCGGAUGCCGCACGGCAUGGAGGACCGCCACGUCGCCGAGUUCCGGCUGCUCGAUGACGGCAACGAGGUCGGCCUAUUCGCCGUCUUUGACGGCCACUCCGGCGCCGACGUCGCCACCUACCUCCGCGAGCACCUCUUCGACAACAUCCUCAACGAGCCGGACUUCGACUUCUGGACGGACCCGAUGGAGGCGAUCCGGCGCGCGUACCACCGGACGGAUCGGAAGGUGCUCAAGAUGAAGAAGGCGGACGACGACGAGGGCAAGGGCAAGGGCAGGCGGCGGCGCGGCGGGUCGACGGCGGUGACGGUGAUCCUGAUCAACGGCGAGAAGCUGGUGGUAGCCAACGUGGGCGACUCCCGCGCCGUGCUGCGCGACAACGGCGGCGCGGCCAGGCAGCUGUCCGUGGACCACGAGCCGCUCCGGGAGCAGAGCGCCAUCGAGAGCCGCGGCGGCUUCAUCACCGAGAUCCAUGGAGACGUGCCCCGCGUGGACGCCCAGCUGGCCAUGUCGCGCGCGUUCGGGGACCGGUCGCUCAAGGAGCACAUCAGCUCGGACCCGGACGUGUGCAUCGAGGACGUCGGCGACGGCUCGGAGCUCGUGGUGCUGGCCAGCGACGGGCUGUGGAAGGUGAUGUCGAACCAGGAGGCGGUGGACGAGGCCGGCAGGGAGAACGGGGACGCCCGCAAGGCGGCGGUGCGGCUCGUCGAUGAGGCAGUGCGCCGGGGCAGCAAGGACGACAUCUCCUGCGUCGUCGUGUGCCUGCAUUAGGCUUAGGUAGGUAGCUUGUCAG